CUCUUCCGAAUCUGCCACACCACACGUGUCGCAGAGAGUCGUUCUUCUUAAAAUGGCUCCAAAAAAGACAGCACCGAAGCCCGCGGCCGCCGGCUCCAGCAAAGCCGAGGAGAAGAAAAAGCCGGCAGCUCCUGCGAAGGAAAAGGGAACCAAGGAUGGCAAGGUUGAGAAGAAAUCGGCCAAGCCCGCCGCCAAGCCCGCAGCCAAGCCUGCCAAGCCAGCAGUGAAGAAGGCCGACAAGCCGAAGAAAGAUGCGGCGAAAGCCAAGUCCAAAACGGCUUCGAAGAAGGCUGCCAUCAACAAGGCAAAGAAAGUGCAGACCAAGGUUAUUAAGGGAGCAUUCGGCACGCGGGUGAGGAAAAUCAGGACCUCCGUCAAGUUCCACAGGCCACACACCUUCCGGCCACCCCGCAACCCCAAAUAUCCCAGGAAAUCGGUGCCCAGGAGAGACAGAAUGGACGCUUUCAAUGUGAUCAAGUACCCUUUGACCACUGAAGCUGCCAUGAAGAAGAUUGAGGACAGCAAUACUUUGGUCUUCUUGGUGCACACCAAGGCGAACAAGCACCACGUCAAGGCUGCAGUUAAGAAGUUGUACAAGAUCAACGUGGCUAAGGUCAACACCUUGAUCAGGCCCGAUGGUAAGAAGAAGGCGUACGUCAAGUUGGCCAGAGACUACGAUGCGUUGGACGAAGCCAACAAGAUUGGCAUCAUCUAAAUUAUGACCCAACUUGUUUUGUCCCUUCGAAUAAAUCCAUUUUUUUCUCACA